UUCUUAAAAAAUAUGUCAGUAAGAAAUUUGAAGAUGUCAGUUUGAACAAAGAUGUGAAUAUGAAAAAGUACGCUAAUGACUUAUGAAAAUACGACUAAAUAUAAAAGUGACUAGUCAGAUUUGCAUCGUUAUCACUAACGUCAAAAAAUCAAUUGCAUCCCUUCCCUCGGUCGUUCAAAAUUAUUGAUUUCUCUCGAAUCGAAGAGCGGUUAUCAUAAUCGCGUAUCCGACUUUCCCUCGGUCGUGGUUAGAUCGUUUGGGCCUUGGAUUAUUGGUCGGUGGAAGACGAGUUCGUUUUUCCGUUUCUCUCCUCCUCUUCGUUCCUCCAUCGCAAUCACGUAUAGUGGUAUUACAUGUAGAACAUAUCCAUGGUUAUGCCAGUACUGUGAGCAUCGUCGCCUUGGUUGCGGACUUGCGCUGAAACCGUGUCGCGAAACGGCCACCGUGAACAGUGCUUCAGUAGCUUUCGGGGCCGAAUGGUUGGCCUCGUCAACCCCUUCGUCUAAUCGCUUUCUCUCACUUCCGGUUUCGACGAAUCCGACCGCGAAACGGCUCGCAAACGUACGUACACAGACACGGUGACCGCGAGCUGCGUUUUGAUCGUUGACGUGCAAGGAUAAAAAGAAAACAAAAACCGACAUGAAACACUCGGUCGUCCUCGUCUUGUGCGUCCUGGUCAUUUUCUGUUUUUGUGGUAUAAACGCAAUAAAGUGUUACCUUUGUAACAGUCACAAUGACAGUCGAUGCGCCGAUGACGUUCCUCCAGAUGUCCUUAAAAAGGACUGUGCCGAUCUCAAGGACGGUGCUAAAUACACAAUGUGUAGAAAGAUUACGCAAGUCAUUGAGUUCAGUGUUAAUGGACUUCCACCUGAUACACGAGUGAUAAGAGGCUGCGGAUGGGACGAAUCGAAUUACAAGAAAAAAUGUUAUCAACGAAGCGGUUUCGGUGGCCGUCAAGAAGUCUGUUCGUGUGUGGAAGACUUUUGCAACACGGCGACACCGAACGUUUUACCACCGAAAUCUUUAAUCCUGUCGUGUGUACUCGGCAGUGUUCUACUAGCAUUCAUUCGUAAUUAGUUCCAUGGAAAUUAAACCUAUUAACGAACAGUCUGCGAAGAGAUGCGUUCGAGAUUAGUACCUACCUACAGGCAUUCUUCGGGAAACAAUACAGUAAUCGUUCGCCAAACGCUCGUUCCGAUUGAAACUUUUGCCUAAGCGGAGAAAGAACGAUUAAUCGUUCGCUAGUUUAAAACGCACUCUAAUACGUGCGGACAGGAGGCGCUCCUAACGAGCGUUUCUCGAACGGUUAGUGUAUACGGAUGGAUAAGAUGAGUCUCAGAGGAAGUGCAUACAUUCUGAUCUCUGGCCGCGAAUAAGAAAAUUGCAUAGCACAAGUGAACAAAAUUGAAACGCCAAAUAUCCCGCGUUAUUUAUCGGAUAAAAAAAUGUUGACCGUGAUGGAAUCUCGAAAUGAAAUUCUAGAGACAGUGCAGUGGCUUCCUCCUGUCCAUUAUCGUAGUCUAGUGAAAACGUGCACGCUGUUCCUGAUUGCCUGUUCAUUUCGAACUGAAUCUCGAUAAAGGUUAGACAAUGAGUUCUAAAAUCAAAUUAUUCGCCAAAAUUACUUUUCGAGUAACGCCGUAUACAUUCAUCGAUAUUUACACAGAAAUGUAAUGGAAAACGGUCGCGUUUCUUCCAGAAUAUUUUCUAAUUGCACAGGGACUCAGGAACGGUUCAUUUUUGGUACUUUUUGCGAAACGUCGAACAGCUUGGCGAGCACUCCUUCAUCAUGCAUAAUUCUUCUUGAGAAACUCCAGUAUAGGGUGCUGAAGGUGUGACAACAGUCACAUUGUGUUCACUCGUCAAUUUUUUGCGUAGAGCUUAAGAAUGAUAUUACACACAAGUAACAAUUACGCAACUUGUUGAAAGUCUAUAUGUUGUGACAACAUUCGCGAGAGAAUAAAAAAGCAUCUGUAUGACAUGUUUUUGCAAAGCGAGGAAAAUAUAUCAGGGUUGUCGUUGCGGAA